AUGUCCCGGUCGAACAAACUGGCUCCGGAGGCCAACCGCAUCCUCUUUGUUAAGAAUCUUGCCUACAAUAUUGACACCCCCGCCCUCUUCGACCUCUUUGGCAAAUUUGGGCCGAUCCGACAGAUUCGUGCCGGAACCGACAACAAGACCAAGGGCACUGCUUUUGUCGUCUAUGAAGAUGUUAUGGACGCAAAACAGGCUUGCGACAAGCUAAACGGCUUCAACUUCAUGAACCGAUAUCUAGUCGUGCUAUACCAUCAGCCGGAGAAGAUGCGGGAUCUGAAAGAUGACAUUUCUUCGCGCAUGGAAGACUUGGAGCGCAAGAAACAGGAACACGGGGUUGACUGA